CCUACUUGACUUGUAUCAAUUCAUGCCGAUCGGGGUGUACACAUCCGGUGUGCCACGUGUAUGAUGAUUUACGGUGCAUAUAUCCCGAUUUUGAGCCAACAUUCACCAUCGAGUCAUUAUAUGCUUUCAUCUCAACGCAUAUGCCGCCUUUUGCAUAGCGAUCUCUGUCAUGCCGUCCGACUUCGUCGACUUCGCAGGUCCCAUCGUGACGCGUCUUCGACAGCUUGACACGGGGCUGCGUGCAUCUGCAGACCCCAAUCUGCUCGUUCAAAGUCUGCUCGACCACGUCACGGAUUCUGCACUUGAGGUGGUGGAUGCAUUUCACGACAAGAUAUUGCAGCUGAAAUACGAUGUGUUGAUGGAGCCAGGUAUGAAAGUGGUUUCAAGCGGACCCUUGGGCUGCUCAAGACGGUCAUUUAUGGGCUACAGCGGUACGACGAGGACCGAUAUGUUGCAUUGCUCUCGCCUGCUGAGAAAGAGGUCCAAGAGCAAAGGAGAGAGAAAGUUAAGGGGUAACAUAUACCUGUGGCAGGCAGACAUACACGACCAUAUGGAAUAUACCCUCACAACCAUGGACAUGUUCGCAGGGAUCACAGGUCCACAGAAAUAUCAACACAGUUGAUAUGCCCCCGAGUGUCCUUCAAAUGCUCUCAUGAUCCGAGGUCGACGUUUACUGUAUCUUGCACGACAAUAUCCAAACUGUCACUCACUGUCCUCAAACCCCCAUCAGCCGAGACGACAGGGCCAGUGACAAAUUCAAACUCUCAGCACUCCCUCAUCACCACUUUAGUGCCGC